AAGGGAGGUGUGCUAGACGAACCAAUCACGCGACCCUCCCAACUGCAAAACGACCAGCCGGGAAAGUCUCGGCGGCUGCGGGCUGCAGCAAACGACCGGCAUUAGACCAGAUCUAGACUAGAAUGGCAACAGAGCUGGCCCUGACGCCCGAGCCAGACUCGGAGUCUGCCAGUUCCACCCUGGCGCUAGUUAUGGACGGGUAUGGCUGGUAUGGCUGGUUAUGGCUGGUUAUGGCUGGGUAUGGCCAGCGUAUGAGAAAACACGGGCCAUCCACCAAUCGCCGCCACCAUCGGACCCCGGUCAUCCAUGGGCCAGGAUCCGAGCAACAACUUUACUGCCCGUCCCCUGCCAAUCGCUUCCCUUUUCUUUUUUUUUUACAUCUUUUCUUUGCUCAGCGGACGCGUGCAGACACAAUGACCGUAGUCCCGAUUAGGAAGAGGGGGGGAACCUCGUAUUGGCCCUGACCGAGGAGGGUUCUGCAUGCUGCACUGAAAGGAGUUGCUGGUGUUGCUGGUGUUGCUGGUGCUUUUACAGCAGUGUGCCGCUCCUGAAGGAUGGUGCGAUGGUUAAUUUGCCAGAGGAAUGAGAGGGAGCGAAUCAAACCUCCAUUUGACAGUUGAAGCACCAAUGUGCCAUUCACAGGUGACGGUGCAAUGCAUGGAUGGGAUGCUGAGG